AUGACCGUUUGUCCAAAACACAGAGAGGUGCUAGGAAUCUACUGGCGGCCAGUGCAUCGCUGUCAACAUCCCUUACACAAAUCGUCUAAGCCCGGGAAAUGCGAUAGAGGAGUGACAUUUAAAAUGUCUAAAGAGAUUAAAGACCAAUGGGAUGUGUUAGUUCAAACUGGUUCAGGUGAGAUUGAUACUUGCGGUAGUACCGCAACUCAAAAUUAUUUUAAAAUAAAGCUAAGCGUCAAAGAGUAGAGACAUAAAGACUAAAGAGGUCCAGCUUCAGUCAUUAAAAGCGUAGCUUGGAAUGUCAGCGGGUUUCUGCGCAGUAACACACUUUUACACACUGCGCAUGACGUCGAAAACUUAGCCAGUGUCCUCAACAGAGGCAUUCACCCGCCUUUGACACUUUGCUAUCUUUAAUAUUUCCGGGGGCUGAAUGCCUCUGUUUAGGGCACUGGCUAAGCUUGUGCUGAGCCUGCGAUUUGUGUUUUUUCCUCCCGUUUAAGCUGGACCUCUGUUAGUCUCUACGCUAUGUAAGCAUCAUGUGUAUAAUUAGCGCCCGAAUAAACUUUGUUUGACCUCCAAUAAAUAAACAAAGGGGGUAUCCUUAAUUAUAUGUUUAUACUGUUUAAACCGACAGCUUCGGUAUAAUGUCCUUGAUAGUAACAUUUGUGGUGGGACGCUACAUUAGAAUAUAUACCGUCCCAAGAUAAACUGAGAGAAAAUAUAUAAAGAUGAAAUAAAUAGUGUAAGAGUAUCAUUGGUAAGCAUAAAAUAUACGUGGUUUUUAGAAAUUUGUAGGCAAUGCAGAGAGAAACAUAAAGAGCAUAUUAAAACGUCUUGCAGCAAAAAGAUCAGAGAUGACGUCGUUAAAAACAUCGUAAGUAUAUAGCGUAUAGUAGGAAUAUUUAAAUCUGUAGUAGAACAUUGCCUGGUGAAAAUUAUUGACUUCGUGAGAGACAAUAAUAUUGACAACUUUCACUCCAAGACCUGUCUUACAAAUUUUUUGUUCGUAACUUUUGAAUGAUUGGUCAUGUUCUUGAAGCCAAGGCUUAUUAAAGUCAAUUUAUUUUAAUAGAAGGGACGUAAUGAUUUUAUAAGUUAGCCAAGUCUGCUGGUCUAUUAUUAUAAUUAGACUAAUUUUUUUGUGUUUUCGACCUUAGUUCCCUGACAACACCGAAAGCUCUUUGAAUGACGUGGCGUUUGAGAACAAUGCGCAGGUAACUUCAUAAAUGGACAGUUAACUCACAAAUGAAAUGGAAAGUACAAGCACCGGUAAUGUUUCCUUUUUUAAUUUUUUACUUAAUAAAGGAGACUCUUACAACAGAGCUAGAGUUUAGUGCUCUAACUGACAUCGAUGAGGAAAAUUUAGCAAGCCCUGACAACAUCGAUGACAAGGACUGGAUAUCAACACCUCAAGUUAGUAGAAAUCUCGCAGCACUAAACGACUUUUUGAAAGUUGUUCAUGGACGUGAUGUAAGCCCACUUAGAUCACAGUGCAACUUGUCUGUCAGUGACAUGGCAGGUUCAACUAUUCGUUAUUACAAAAGAAAGGCAUUGGAGUCUUGUGAAGCAGUAAUGCAUUGUAUUGCACCUGGCCAAUCAAAUGCACUUCUAGCACUCAUAAAGAGAGAUGAUACGUCCCCCAUUCCAUCUUCUAAAGACAGUGAACUGAUAAAAAGGUUAAUCAUGCUUUACGAAGAAUCAGACUCAUGGUCCACUAAAAGAGAGAUACUGUCAUUAUUUGCACAGGAUUAUACAAAACCUCAGUUGAUAACGAUGGUUCCAGGAUUGUCCAAAUGGCGUAUAGACGAGGCGCGCAAACACGCUGCUCUUGUUGGGCCAGGAAAACCACUUGAUGUACCAAACGUUCACCGAAUGAAGUUAGACCCUGUUAAAGUUGACCACUUCAUUGAUUUUGUAUCCAGUCCAAAUUAUCUUCAAGAUGUUGCCUAUGGGACACGAACUAUCAAGCUUACCAAUGGAGAAGAUUGA